AUGCGCAGGGCCGAGCGAAGGGGCGCUGGGGGGCCGCGGCCAGGGUCCUACGACGACGGCACCAACACCUUCUUCUGGCGAGCCCACACCCUGACUGUGCUGUUCAUCCUCACCUGUGCACUUGGCUACGUUACCCUGCUGGAGGAGACGCCCCAGGACACAGCCUACAACACCAAGAGAGGUGUGGUGGCCAGUAUUUUGGUUUUCUUAUGUUUUGGAGUCACCCAAGCUAAAGACGGGCCAUUUUCCAGACCUCACCCAGCGUACUGGCGGUUUUGGCUCUGUGUAAGCGUGGUCUAUGAGCUUUUUCUCAUCUUCAUCCUCUUCCAGACUGUCCACGAUGGCCGGCAGUUCCUCAAGUACAUCGACCCGAGGCUGGGCGUCCCGCUGCCCGAGAGGGACUACGGGGGAAACUGCCUUCUCUACGAUGCGGACAAUAAGACUGACCCUUUCCAUAACAUAUGGGACAAGCUGGAUGGCUUUGUUCCUGCACAUUUCCUCGGCUGGUACCUAAAGACACUGAUGAUCCGGGACUGGUGGAUGUGCAUGAUUAUUAGUGUCAUGUUCGAGUUCCUCGAGUAUAGCCUGGAGCACCAGCUGCCCAACUUCAGCGAGUGCUGGUGGGACCACUGGAUCAUGGAUGUGCUGGUAUGCAAUGGGCUGGGCAUCUACUGUGGCAUGAAGACCCUUGAGUGGCUGUCCCUCAAGACCUAUAAGUGGCAAGGCCUCUGGAACAUUCCCACCUACAAGGGCAAGAUGAAGAGAAUAGCCUUCCAGUUCACCCCCUACAGCUGGGUUCGCUUCGAGUGGAAACCUGCAUCUAGCCUGCGCAGGUGGCUGGCCGUGUGUGGCAUCAUCCUGGUGUUUCUCUUGGCAGAACUGAACACAUUCUACCUGAAGUUUGUGUUGUGGAUGCCCCCAGAGCAUUACUUGGUCCUUCUGCGCCUGGUCUUCUUCGUAAACGUGGGAGGGGUGGCCAUGCGGGAGAUUUAUGACUUCAUGGACGACCCGAGGUUCCACAAGAAACUGGGCCAGCAGGCCUGGUUGGUGGCCGCCAUCACCCUCACGGAGCUGCUGAUAGUGGUCAAGUACGACCCACACACACUCACACUGUCACUGCCCUUCUACAUCUCCCAGUGCUGGACACUCGGCUCUGUGCUGGUGCUCACCUGGACGGCGUGGCGCUUCUUCCUGCGGGACAUUACUCUGCGAUAUAAAGAGAUCCGGAGGCAGAAGCAGGAGAGCCGGGACGACAAGGGCAGAGCUGUCCGUAAUGGUGAGGGCCACUCCCCAGAGCCAGAAGACAGCCUACUGGUGCCCAAUGAGGCAGGAGAGCGGGCCCCGCACUGA